AUGAUCAUGGAAACAAACCGUUACUCAUCGAUGUUGAUGACAAUUUUGCAGAUUAAGGUACUUGAUGUAGAUUCUGAUGAUGAUCAAAGAAUUGGAUUAGUAUCAUCUUCUUCUGUUGCUCUAAUAGACAAUGAAGGUUCAUUAGAAGAACCACCAUUUGAGUAUGGCGUUGACACAAGUGAUAUUGCACUCAUAUGCAUCAAACUAGGGGGUUCACCUGCAGGGAAGAGAAAGGGACCUUGUUGCCAAGAAUGGCCGAUUUCCAAUAUUGUGGACAUCGAACAUGAAUGGUGUGAAAGUGUAAUGGCUGUUGUGAAGUUUAACUUAAUUUCCGAUGAAGAAAACACAGCUGAAAUUUCUAACAAAACUGCAGGCAUUGUACCAUUGGAGUUUGUAGUUUCUAAUGGCACUUAUUGGUCUGAAAAACUUGAAGCAAUUAAAUCCUUGGAUAUGAGAUAUAAAACCCAUUGGAGUACCGUUGUUAGUGGAUAUAGUUCCAACAAGCCAUUUGAAGACCUAAUAUAUCCAGAUGGGGAUCCGGAUGCUAUCUCCAUAUGCAGUAGAGAUAUCGAACUUUUGCAGCCAAAGACAUUCAUCAAUGAUACUAUCAUUGACUUCUAUAUUAAAUAUCUCGCGAACAAAACCAAUCCAGAGGAGUCUCACGAUAAAGGCAACGCAACAGCAGCUGAUGAAGCUGAUGUUGCCUCCUAG